CUGGAGCGGUCCAAGCUGCGGCGGCAGAAGGCGAACGCCCGGGAGAGGAACCGGAUGCACGAUCUGAACGCGGCUUUGGAUAAUCUCCGUAAAGUGGUUCCUUGUUAUUCCAAAACCCAAAAACUUUCCAAAAUCGAAACCCUUCGUUUAGCCAAGAACUACAUCUGGGCUCUGUCGGAAAUCCUGCGCUCGGGGAAGCGGCCCGACCUGGUGUCCUACGUGCAGACUCUGUGCAAGGGCUUGUCCCAACCCACCACCAACCUGGUGGCCGGGUGCCUGCAGCUCAACUCCCGCAAUUUCCUCACGGAGCAGGGGCAGGAGGGGGGACGUUUCCAUGGUCCCAACCCUUCCUUCGCCGUUCAUCCCUACCCCUACCCCUGCUCGCGGCUGG